CCGCCAAACGCCUCUACACCCACACGUCUGUCCCAAACACCAUCUUAUCGUUAAAUCCUGGCAACUCUGCACUCUGAAUUCAUUGUACAGUAAACGUAUUCAAAGUAAACAGUUUCCUGGGUUUGUACAGCAAAUGAUAAACAGAAAAGGAAGUGAAUAAUUACCCAAAGCAUCAGUGACUUGGUGUCGUGGAUGAAGGAAAGUCAGAAGUAAAUCUCAACACGAAAGAAAAUACUACAUCCUUUUAAGAAGAUUGUUGAUCACCGUGAGGGAAGGAGAAGGAUGGCAGACCUCGGGGCAAGAAAAUACUAAUAUAUCCUCACUCAAAGACAAGAAGGGAAGCCAAAGGUGUGAGAGAGAGAUGGCUCUGUCUCAGCCCCAUAGACCGUCAGCCCUGAAGCAGCAGAACAAGAGACACAGGACCCUAGGACACCGCUCUAAGGGCAGCGUCUCCAAGUCCAGUAAAGGUCGAGUUAGCGUCAAAACUUUAAGCAAAAAAGCUAAGAAGGAUCUCAGUCGCGAGCAGAGACGUCACAGGUCCAAGCAGAUCCGCGCCGUCAAGAGGGAGGAAACUAGCUUGCGUAAACGAGCUCUGGGCACCGCUAACAACCCCCCGUUCCUGGUGACGGUGGUGCCGCUCAGCCCCAGCAUCAACCCUCGGACGGUGCUGAACGCUCUGGUGUCGUGUGAUGAAGCCGCCACCACCACCACUAGCUCCCAGGGCAUAGUACACAUAAGCUGCUCGCGUUUUAAGCAGAGACUCUCCUUUGUCGUACCACCGGUGAACGAUCUGUACGCCAUAUUGGACAGUGUAAAGGUUAGCGACACGUUGAUGCUUCUCUGGCCCGGAGAUGAGGAACUAGGAGACGCCGCAGAUCUGUUACUGAGCUCUAUACUAGCCCAAGGUCUCCCAGCUCCCAUCCAUAUUGUGGCUGGGCUGGAGGAAGUGGCCCAGAAGGAGAUACAGGCAGGUGGCACGGAAGAGGAGGACAACCAGAUGAUGAUGGAUGCACACGAUCUGGAACAGGAGCUGAAAACUAGACUGUCUCUCAAACAGCCGACGACCUCACAUAAAAAACAUAGUAAGAAGCACCACGCCCGGCAGAACUUACUCAAGGAAAUAGAACUGCGUUUCCCCGGCCCCUCUAAGCUACACAGCCUCGAGAAAGAACAAGACGCAAUUCUGGUUCUACGGCAAAUUGGCGCACAGAAACGACGGCCCAUCUUCUUCAGGGACAACCGACCUCACAUUAUGGCCGAAAAGAUGGAAUUUCUCGAAGAGGGAUCUACCGGAGUACUCAAAGUCCACGGUUAUGUCCGCGGUCAAGUGCUCUCUGUCAAUGGUCUGGUUCACAUCCCUGGCUGGGGGGACUACCAGAUGAACCGCAUCGACAUAGCGGCCGACCCACAUCCUCUAGAGCGACACAGCCGGAGCAGGGAAGCCGGGGCAGAUAUGGAGGACGACGAAGUACAUCUGCUGCAGGAAGCUGAUCCCGCCCUACAGGAGCAACUUAAGUCAACGAAUGAAAUUGACCCAUUGGAGGGAGAACAGACAUGGCCGACUGAAGAGGAACUGGCAGAGGCCGGAGAGGACGCCGCCACCACCAAACAACGUACCAAGCGGGUCCCCAAAGGAACCUCGGAUUACCAAGCGGCGUGGAUCUUGAACAGCGAUGAUGAAGAGGACAAAAAUGACGACGACGACGACGAAAACAGCGAAAGUGAAAUGGACGAGGACCUGGCCCCCGUGGACACCAUCUCGCAGAACGGUUACGAUGGUGAAGGUGACGGCGACGAAGAUGACAACGAGGAAUACGAGACGAUGACCGUCACGGAUGCCGAAGGUGUCAAUUACGACGAGAAGGUGGACUAUGAGGCCGAGAUGGACGCCUUUGACAAAAUGAGAGCUGCCCGCGAUGAUGCCAUGUUCCCAGACGAGGUGGACACCCCCCAAGAUCUGACGGCCAGGAUACGUUUUCAAAAAUUCCGGGGCUUACAGAGCUUCCGCACCUCUGCCUGGGACCCGGAUGAGAACCUACCCGUCGACUAUUCCAGAAUAUUUCAGUUUGAGAACUUCCAACGCACUAAAAAGAGAGUUCUCAAGGAAGACAAAGAUGGGGCUCUACCCGGCUGGUACGUGGUAGUACACAUAUCGGACGUCCCCCGCCACCUGUACGAUAACCACGUCGCGAGUCACUCUCCUCUUGUGGUGUUAGGUCUCCUCCCCCACGAGCAGAAGAUGUCCAUCGUUAACAUGGUGGUUAAGUCUCAUCCCUCAGGUCACUUUCGAGCCAUCAAGUCCAAAGAGCGGCUCAUAUUCCACGUGGGUUUCAGAAGGUUUGCCAACGCUCCCAUCUUCAGCGAGCAUUCCACGGGGACCAAGCACAAGUUUGCCCGGUAUUUCCACCCUGGAACGACUGUGGUAGCGACGAUGUUUGCCCCCAUCACCUUCCCUCCAGCCUCUGUCUUGGUGUUCAGAGAGAGGCCAGAUGGUGCCCAGGACUUGGUGGCCACUGGUUCCUUACUGAGUGUUGACCCCAAGAGAAUAGUGACUAAGAGGGUGGUGUUGAGCGGUCACCCAUUCAAGGUGAAUCGGAAGACAGCCGUAAUAAGAUACAUGUUCUUCAACCGAGAAGACGUAAUGUGGUUCAGACCCGUGGAACUCCGGACCAAGUGGGGGAGACGAGGACACAUCAAGGAACCUUUGGGUACUCACGGUCACAUGAAAUGCCACUUUGACGGUCAACUAAAGUCUCAAGAUACUGUCCUGCUGAAUCUGUACAAGAGAGUCUUUCCCAAGUGGACGUUUGACCCGUACGUCGCCAGGCCUCCGCCCCUCUACACCUUCAGGUCCUCUAAUGACAUCGGUGACAAGUUGAGUGACGAGGAUGACUGCAGCGACCAGCAACCCGCUCUCAAAAAAGCUAAAACCGUUAAAUUCUUUUCGAGUAGACAAUAGGCCUCUUGUUAGUUUCAUUGUUAAUAGUUAAAUAUUUAUUGAUUUUUUGUAAUAAUGUUUUAAAAUGAAGCAUUUGUGGCUGACCAUUGGCCCCCAUUUACACGAAACGUACGUGGGAAAUGAUAGUUAUGUACAGUCGCUAUAAGUGGUUGUGCGAACGAUAAAUAAAGAUUUUUAUUAUUGAAAAAGUUUUGGUGUGUUGAGGAAGUGAGAAUCUUCAGUAGCGUUUCCUUCAGGACUGAGUUGUUGAUCUUUAGUCAUCUUGUGCUGCUGUCGUAAUAUAUUAACCUUUGCUCAUUAUUAUAUUUAUUUUCGGAUUUACGGUACAUUUUCCAUAUUCCAUUUUUUCUCUUGGGUUAUGUCAAGUGCUAAAGCCCAGUCCAGAUUAAAAAUAGAUUUGAAAAUUUUAAUUAAAUGUGUAAUAUUGUCUUGGAAAAAUUAAUAUUAUUUUAUAUUAAAUAAUUAGUAAAGAUCUCUGAAAGUAGGUUCUCUGUAUACAAUUUCUUCUUCAUUUCUAACAAAAUAAAUAAAUUUUUUAAAUUUU